AUGAUUUUUUUUAUUUUACUUAUUCUUCUUUUAGCAAUAAUAAUUACAUUAUUGUUUGCAAUCCUUAAUAAAUUAAAAGGUUCUUGUGUUUUGAGCCAACCUUAAUCUUCUAAUAAAAAAUAUAAAAGAAUAGUAAUGAUUAAUGAUAAAUCAAGAAAAGCACCCAUAUAUUAAUUAUCUAAGCUAUAGCCACACAGGACAAAGAUAAGACUCAAUUAGUACGGCUAUUAAUUAAUAAAUCUGAAGUAAUAAUUUUUUAUUCUACAAUUUUAGUAAGAUAUUUUAUUAAACUCUGAAUUGAAGGCAUAUGCUACUUUAAAAAAAACUAACUCUUCACUUAACUUUAGAGAAUAUAAUUAAUAAUUUUCUCCUAUUAUUAGCCUUCAGCUUAAGGGGUUGAAUUUUCUGGAUCUGUCACUUAAAAUAUGA